AUUUAAUCAUGGUCAUAUUUACAAAGCUGUUCUGCCAACUGGCCCAUUGUGGUGACAAGGCAAAGUACUACCUUCCAUGCUACUCUAAGUAUGUCUGAGGAGGUUGUAAACAAGGCAGAUAUUUCGACGACAAAGUACUCUUGCUUGUUGAUCCUAGUGAAGUAAAGAGAGCCUUGCAAUAUAUCGAAUACAAUCUUCAGACAAUACAAUAUUUGAAUUAAGAGAGAGCCAGGACUCAAAACCAAAUGGAUAGACCAUCUUGAGUUGCUUGAAAGUUUCAGACAAAGAUAUGAUCAAUUGAAGCAUACAUUUGCCAAACUCUCUAAGAAUGAGAAAUGGCCUGAACUCAGUGAGAUUUUAAAUGAAGUUGAUUGUCUACAGAAAGAGUUCAAGAGAAGUGAAAUAUUCAAUGACUUUCUUCACUAUGAAAGAGAAGAGAAAGUCAUGUUAAUAUCCAAAGGAGUAACUGUUCAAAACUCCUCAUUAAAAGAAAACAUUCUUCUCAAAGAUGGAAUCGAGAAACUACAAAAAGAGAAAGAAGAAAUCCAAAAGGAGUUGAAUGAUAAGAUAAACGAGCUUACAGCUAUGAAUACUGAAAUAACUACAGAAAGAGAUCAACUCUCCAGAGAUCUUGAAGCUGCUACUACAGAAGUAGUCCAGAUCAAGGAUAGAAAAACUAAUCUGGAGAAAGAUCUAGCUCAGAUCAAAACUGAAAAGCAAGAGUCUCUCAAACAGCUCGAUGCCCUUAAAAAUAACUAUGAAGAGCUUCAGAAGCUUAUCAAUAGCUCAGAUGAAGAUGUCAAUAUGAUUAAAUAACAGCAUUGAGAAGAAAAUUGGUCAGAUAAAAGAAGCUCAAGAUAGGAAGAAAACAAAGAGUUCUAAAGAUAAGAACUCUGACAAAGGGUCUUCAAAAGAGUCAAAAUCUGAUAAAGAGGAGAAGAAGGAUGAGAAGAGACCGAAAAGAGAGGUUGAUCUUUACACUCAAGUUGAGAACCAGAGUUACCUCGCAAAGGAGACACUUAAAGACCCAAAAUGCAAGGCUUUCCUGGAGAGCAUCCUCAGUUCCAAAAGCGUCAAGUUCAAGAUGUGGCAGAAGGUUGACUUUAAAGUAGCCAAGAUCCUGACCAAGUAUGCGUGCCAGCAUUUAGAAGAUAUUGUAGUGAACUAUAUGGGGUGUGUAGAUGCAGCCACCGCAAAAUUCUUCCUCAACACAUGCAUUCCUCCCUCCCUACCCUACCUAAACCUCGGCUUCCACAACGGCCGCAUUCGUACACCCAUCACCCCCUACCUCCCCUCAGUCCUAGCCCUGAAACCCAAGAUCACAACCAAGCUAAUCCUCACCCAGGCCAUCAUCACUGAAGAAGAGAAGGAGAUCCUUGACAAAGCCUUCAUCGGAAUCGUACUUGAGUACGUAAAUGGCUGAGUGGAAUUUGUGGAUGAGUAGUAAGAGGAAGUGGGAAUUUAUUUGGAAGUUCAAGCAAGAUA